GGCUUCGCCUUGAACGUCUUCGUCCUGCCAGUCUUGACUCAGAAGUCAAGUCAAGAUGAUGAUAUUACUGCUCAUCGCCACCUUCUUGGUCAACUUUCCUCAUCAACUCGCGCGAUCUGAUGCGAACAAUGGAUUAAUCAGCAUUGCUGCGUUAGGGGCUUCCGUGCUGCCCGUCGGACUCGCCGUCGGGACCAGAUACGUUCCAAAAUGGAAAAAGCAAGCGUGCGAGAUACCAGCAUCCCAACACCCGAAUUCACACUACAUUUGCGACGAAGCUGGUGAAGUGAAAUGUUUGCCAGGAUGGACCGGAGAUCUUUGCGAUGUACCGAUUUGUCGCAAGGGUUGUGACCCUCUCCAAGGCUACUGUCGACGACCAGGAGAAUGUCGUUGUAAAUUGGGUUUCUAUGGCGAAUUGUGUGAUAAAUGCGUGGCUUUACCAGGAUGUCAACAUGGAAGGUGUAACGUGAGCUUCGAGUGCUCCUGCGAUCCCGGUUGGAAAGGCAUGUUCUGCUCCGAACCCGUUUGCGCGCCCGACUGCCUCUCCAGUCAGGGUUACUGCGAGAAACCCGGCGAAUGCAGAUGCCGUUUAGGUUGGCAAGGCCCCAAGUGCAAACAGUGCGCGGUUCUGCCGGGUUGCGCCCACGGGACCUGUCAAGGGCCCCUCGAGUGUCGAUGUGAUCCGGGUUGGACCGGACUGCUUUGUCAAACACCGAUCUGCGCGCAAGGAUGCAGCCGGGAACACGGCGGCUGCAGACGACCAGGCACAUGCAGAUGCCGCGUCGGCUGGACAGGAGCGAAUUGCACCGAAUGUGUACCGUAUCCUGGAUGCGUUCACGGAUCGUGCAAACGACCAUGGGAAUGCCGAUGCGAGCCUGGCUGGUCUGAUGAUCUAUGCAACGAGAAGCUCACCUAUUGCGAUGAGCAUCCCGAUGUUUGUCGAAAUAACGCUACUUGCAUCAGCAUGACUCAAGAGGAUGGCGAUUACAGAUGUAUCUGUCCCUUGGGUUACAUGGGCCGACAGUGCCAGAUAAAAACGAUGGUACCAUCGAUGGAGUUGAUACCACCGAUGCCCGACGCCGCUACGGAAUUGUCACAAGACGUUCAAAGUCUCGCGGAUAAGCCGAGUAUCGAAGAAACCUCGAAUGAGGACAAGCCUGAGAAAGGACCUCCUAAGGACGAAGAACAGACAGCGGAACCUCUUGGACCGAUCGUGAUCACGGAUCCACCGACCACUACCACCGUGGAUCCAGCCGCGACUGCAGGGAAAUGGCCGACGGAAGAGGCAACGACUGAAAGAGACGACGAAAACGAGACAUAAAACCGAAUAGUCGUCUGAAUGUUCACUCAUUUAUUUCGUUAUUUAUUUAUUUAUUUAAAGCGCGCCGUGUCCGAUGAAAUUGCUCGACAAAAAAUACUCCUCGAAAGUGAUUCGAUUCCUGCCCCCAUACAUUAUUGCACAACUGUAUUAAAAAAUUGUGCUAAAAGAAAUUGUUAUCCUGCAAUACUAACUGAUAAAUUUUAUCAAAUUGUUAUAUCAAUCUAACGAUUAACGUACAUUUAUGAAACAUGGUAUGCAUAUCUACACGAUAUUAUUUGUGUUUGGAGGUGUCUGUUGGAAUUUGAACGAGGAUUUUACUCUUCUAGCCCUUUUUUUUACUAUCUUUCCCU